GAGCUGCGGAAAGAGAAGAGCAGAGACGCAGCGAGAUCGCGCCGCGGCAAAGAGAACUACGAGUUCUACGAGCUGGCGAAGAUGCUGCCGCUACCAGCUGCCAUCACAAGCCAAUUGGACAAGGCCUCCAUCAUCAGGCUCACCAUAAGCUACCUCAAGCUAAGAGACUUCGCUAACCACGGCGAUCCACCGUGGAGUCGCGAUCUGCCCUCUAGUAAAGCUUUAAAAGGUGCUCAGAACAGACGGACAUCUGCAAGUCUUGCGAUGGAGCUGUUUGAGCAACACCAGGGUACACACAUCCUCCAGUCUCUCGACGGUUUUGCGCUGUCGGUGGCAGCGGAUGGAAGGUUUCUGUACAUAUCCGAAACUGUUUCUAUAUAUUUAGGGCUCUCACAAGUAGAAAUGACUGGCAGUAGUAUAUUUGACUACGUCCACCAGGCAGAUCACGCGGAGAUAGCGGAGCAACUGGGGCUGUCUUUAGCUGGCAGGUCUGGAGGUACAGGGCUCAACAGUCCAGCUUCGGGCAGCGAAGAGGGCAGUCAGCAUGGGACGAAUAAUCCUGACGUAUCAGCACAAAUGACGUUAGCGGCCAGCGGGACUUUAUUCCGAGGGAUGGACAGAGCUUUCUGCAUCCGGAUGAAGAGCACUCUCACAAAGAGAGGAUGCCACUUCAAGUCCUCAGGUUAUAGGGUGGUGCUUAUGCUCUGUCGUCUGCGGCCGCAAUAUUCCUUCUCACAUAGUCGCAAGACACCGCCUGCUUUACUAGGAAUGGUGGCUUUGGCGAUAGCACUACCUCCACCAUCAGUUCAUGAAAUAAGACUGGAGUCAGACAUGUUUGUCACUAGGAUCAACUUUGACUUCCGAAUAGCGCACUGCGAGCCCAGCAGGGUGUCAGAGCUAUUGGGGUACACCGCCGAGGAACUUACAGGGAAAAAUAUUUACGCUCUUUGCCACGGAGAAGACGCCAAUAAGCUUAGAAAAUGUCACGUUGAUCUUAUAAACAAGGGUCAAGUGCUGACACACUACUACAGACUGAUGAACAAACUGGGCGGCUACACUUGGAUGCAGACCUGUGCAACCGUCAUCUGUUCGACCAAAAAUGCUGAGGAGCAAAACAUUAUUUGCGUCAAUUAUGUUAUUAGUGGCCGAGAAUACCCAAACACGGUGAUGGACUGUUGCCAAUUAGAGGAAAGUUUACAGGGAGUUAAGCGGGAGGAGACUACAGGUGAUCCAGACAAUGGUCCACCGGACGCCGACACGCCCGGAGCACCCCCGCCCCCGACACGACACACUACAGAGAGGAAUGAAGCUCCCUCGAAUACUGAUUCAGCGUCAACCGCACCUCCUACCUCCGAAGUCCCCCAUUUAACAAGACUCAACGAUGCGCAACCUUUAUCACUACACACAACCCAAGAAAAGACCUCUCCAAUGCCAGCGCGAAGGAUGAAAAAACGAAAACAUACCACAGACUGCGAAGAAGACCCAGAAAGAGACGAAGAGAGGCGAAAAAGCUCAUCAAACCCUACUGCCACUAUUCCCUCCGAACGGGACAUGACAAAGACAAAUUUGGCAAUUCCGGAAACAUCCGAUGCUACGUCAGUGAGAGAUUUAGAGAACGCAAUGUCCAAACAUUUGCCAUCGCUAGACGGAAAAGAGAUUGCGCAUAGGCCUACAGAUUUCUCAACCGAUGCAUUACUAAAACAACAGCAGCAGAAAUCUACCAUCCAAUGGAUCGGGACGCAAAACCAUCACUUGAAUCAUUUGAAUCGACAAAUCCCUGUGAGUCAUUCUUCUACGCCCGCAUCGGCGUUAUUAAGGCAACUUUACGCGAGUCGAGAAAGCGUUAUUAGAUUAGGGGAUGGAAGAACAGGUGGUUAUUACUCUAGUGAUGGUCAAUCCGGACCUUUACCGACGCCUCCCGGAAGCGAAGGGUCUGGUUAUGGUGAACAAUUAGGCCACAAAGGGACAGAUAUCAGUUCUUUGCCUUACGGACCGUACGCGGACUAUCAUCCGGCAAUGACGCCUCCAGGAUCAGUAUCCCCUAGGGAUAAACAACAAUACCCGUUGCCGUACGAUAACAGUCACUAUUCCGAAGCAAUAAGGCAUUCCUAUUUAGAGUCUUCGUUUCCAUUGAAACCUCAGGCUUACUCAGCCGUGCCCGGUGCUUUGGACUACGCGUCGUCGAUAGAUCAGUCGCAGUUCUUCCAUCCACCUACAUCUUUCCAUCUCUAUCAUCCGCAAGCGCAUUCCGCUCAUGCGUCUCACUCGCACCAAUCGACAGAUAAGUCAGCUCCGCCAAAUACUAAUUGGUAUUCGAGCAGCUCAUAGCCAUACUUGCAUUAGUGACGAAAUAGUUUGGAUAUCCCCGAAGGAAUUUUCCUUGAAGGCUUCAAUAGUUUUAUUUGGAAGUUUGUUUUUCAUUUGUUAAUACUGUUUUCUAGUUUUGUUAUCUUCGAAAACUUUUCUAUAAAUUAGUUUGUAUAGUAAUUUCGUUUGCGUUGAUUAUUAUGGGAUAUGAGGGAUACAAUUACAUAAUGUAAAAAGACUUAAAAUCGAAUACUCAGGAUGGGCCAACACAAUAGUUGAAUUUCCUUUAUGAUAAGUGUUUUCAGAUACUGUGCCAAAAAUAUAAACAGAAUGUGGCAUACAAAAAAUAUAGGAAUUUAAUUAGAAUUUUAAAUGUUACUAUAACAUACCUAUUUAUAAUUUGUAAACGCAACUGCUACUAUCAGAAUUUAGCUUGUACUUAAACAAUUCAAAAUGGCGGUACUUAAGCUAAA